UUUAUGAGUGACUCGGAGAAUCAAACUAUUUAUCAGUAAAGGAAAUAAAACUAUAAUGCCCGACUUCUCCUUUAUUACGAGCACUUAUCUUUCAUUUGGAUAAAGUACGCAUGUAUAGAAUAUUAUUUAAAUAAGUUAGUAUAUAUUUCUUCUUUUCUACUAUCUACUACCAAAAAUUUCUUCCUACAAAAUAUAUAAAACAUAUUUGAAACUUUUAACAAUCAUUAGAUAUUCGUUGUGUAUGUAUCGCGCGAUGUAUUAUUGACGUAAUUUCAAAUAAUACAUGAAUCAUAAAACAAUCCAUGACUUCCUUUGUGUGAUAUAAUUGUUUUCAGCCUAUUAAAUAUCAAAAAUGGUAGUUAAUACUAUGGAAUGCUAUAGAAUAAAAAUACAUUUAUAUACAAAAACGAUUUUCCGUCGAGAUACUAAAAUAUGGAAUUGAACAUAUAUUAUCUUAUCUACUUAUCAUUUUGUAGUAACGAUAUCAUAUGUAUACCGAUGGACAUUUGAUGAUUUACAAUUAGUUUGCCGAUUAGCUCAAGAUAAACGCGGUCGAGUUCGUAAAAUUUGGGCAAAUAAAUCGCUGAACGUCGUCGAAUUUAUUCGCUCCCGAUACAUUGAUCUCGAUACAUUGGAAAAAUGGCAUGCGAAAAGGAGCAAACGGUCGGAAAAGUCGAACUCAAGAGAGAAUUGGGACUUUUCAGUGCGGUCAGUAUUAUCCUGGCAGUGAUGAUCGGUUCCGGCAUUUUUGUAUCGCCCACCAGCGCACUUGAGCGGUCAGGAUCUGUGGGAUUUUGUCUAAUCAUUUGGAUCAGUUGCGGCGUGCUAUCUCUGUUGGGUGCAUUAGCCUUUGCCGAGCUAAGUACUGUGGUACCACGUUCCGGUGCCGAAUAUGCAUACUUCAUUGAGGCUUUUGGACCUUUACAUCCUUACGCCGGUCAAAUACCGGCAUUCAUUUGCUCCUGGAUUUACGUGAUGCUAUUACGACCGGCGGAGGUAGCGGUGAUCAUAUUGACUUUCGCGGAGUACAGCGUGCAACCAUUCUCCGGAUAUCUCAGCAAUCUAUCCGGUGACUCUUUGGCAAAUUUGAAGAAACUCCUGGCAAUUAUGGCGCUUGCUGUGAUAACGUACAUCAAUCUUAUCAGCGUGAAGCUUUUUGUAAGGGUACAAAACGUUUUCACUGUAUGUAAAGUACUCGCCUGUAUUGUGGUGAUCGGCGGUGGGAUAUGGUGGCUAGGUACUGGUCACAUGGAACUUCUUAAAGAUCCCUUUCGUGGCACAACUACAUCAGCUGGUAACAUUGCUCUGGCUUUCUAUAGCGGUCUCUGGGCGUACGAUGGUUGGACCUCGGCCGCGAUUGUUACUGAAGAAAUUCAAAAACCCGAAAUCAAUAUCCUUAGGAGUACCCUCAUCGCGGUACCUGUUAUCACUGUUCUAUAUGUAUUCAUGAAUUUGAUGUAUAUGGCAGCAUUGACGACACCAGAGAUGGUCAGCGCGCCGGCGGUAGCAGUUCUUUGGGCAGAUCGAGUUCUACCAUCUUGGAUGAGUUUUACGAUACCGCUUGGUGUAGCGUUGUCGACCUUUGGAUGCGCCCUUAGUGUGCAAUUCAGCGUGUCUAGAUUAUGUUUCGUUGCAGGCAGAGAGGGCCACGUGCCACGUGUCUUCAGUUAUAUGCAUAUCGAGAAGAUGACACCGGCUCCUGCAGUAAUUUUUCAGGGCAUACUCUCAUUAAUAUGCCUGCUACUGGGUGACAUAAUCGCUCUAAUCGAGUUCGCCAGUUUCCUCAUGUGGGUGUUUUAUGGAUUUGCGAUGGUAUCGCUUAUAAUCAUGCGACGGACAAAACCAAACGCUCCCAGACCGUACGCCGUGCCUAUCGUGAUACCUUGGCUAGUAUUAGGUAUCUCCAUCUUCCUUGCAGUGCUACCAAUAAUUUAUGAACCAUCGACAAAAUAUCUUUUCGCGCUCGCGUUUAUUCUAUGUGGUAUCGUUGUGUACCAUAUCUAUGUAUACAAGAAGAUAAAAAGUACAUUAUUAGCUAAACUGACAUACUUCAUACAAGCAUUGUGCCUGGUUGUUCCACAAGACAAACAGGAAGACUGAUCGAAUAUUUCUUAAAUCUAUCAUUGCUGUAUAUAAGUAUAUAAAAUAUAUGCUCACAUUCACUCUUCAUAUCAUAUGUGCAUUUCGCAAUUCGCAAAAAAUAGAGCUAUUAUAUGUAUUAUACUUUUAUAAACUUUUUUUAUUAUUUGAUAAAAUGAGAAUUAAUACUUCAGUAAAAUAGUUUUCGUACGGUAAACAUAAAUAGAAUGUGCCUUACAUUGUACAACUGAAAAGAUUUUUGUUUAAGUUUUUCUUUCUCUUUUUUAUAAUUUAAGAGAGUGUAAAUUAAAAUAUUUUUUAUGGAAAAUAAAUGUAUAUAUAAUAUAACGAGAGAUAUAAAUAAUUAGAAAAGAAUAUUUUGUAUAUUUGUGCGAUAUUUUACGUCAAGAUAUAAUAAAUGUCCCCGAUAAAAUAACAAAUUAAUAUUGUAAUAUAUUCGAUUUAUAUAAGGACACACAUUUAUUAUAUCUGAUGACAUUUUGCUAUAUGUAAAAUAAUAUUUUGAGAUAAUAAACUUAAAAUGAUAUUCUA